UGGAAGACUCUAUGAAUGAUAAUAACUUCAGUGCUUCUGAUAGCUUCACUAAAGACCUCCAGUCGAUCUCUGAAGAUGCAAAUAGCCCUAUAAAAGAGGAGCCCAUCGAGUCCAAGCAAGAAGGAGUAGAGAAAGAUUUUAUGAAGUUCAGUAAUGGUCUUACCCUCGAUCAAAGAUCUACCAGGAGAUUGACGAAAUUCAAUGCCAAGUUCAAGACCAAACUUGAUUUUUCAGUAAAGGAUUUGAGUACAUUCAGAAGGAAGUCACCUCCAUCAGCAUUUCAGAAACAAAUAAAAUUUGGCAAGAGGAUACAGAGUUCAAGUGCUUCUAGCUUUGGAAGUGACACUAGUUCUGAAUCUAGCAAGACUGAAUCAGAAGAUCGCUCAGGCUCACAGAGCACUCAAUGUCUUAAUAAAUCGCUUAAGAAGAAGAUGAAGUAUCUGAUAAAUCCGUAUAACAGGUCUAUUAAUUUCGCCUAAACAUAUGGAUUUCAAGGAGGAAAAUAUUUCCAGUAGUAAAUGGAAGAAAUUGUCAGAUUUUGUAUUAAAGGAGAAGAAACACGUGCUUCGUGAAAGUCUGGUACAGAUUAAUGAUGCUCUUUAUGAAGAAUUUGAUACAGCAGCACGAUGGGCUAUGAAUCGGAUGAACCACCUUAGAUUCACACGCCUCAAGUUCAACCAAGAAGCUUAUAAUCGCAUAGAAGGAGAGCGUGCAAAGGAUCGGGAAGAGGCUGAAAAGAAUUUAAAAAGUAGGGGAGACCCCAUUGGAUUUUCUAAAUAUGAGACUAACCUUUUAUAGUGGAUAGGAAGUUAAUAAACACCAUUUUAAAGAACCCCACUCUCAGCUCAACAAAGGAGAAAUAGCUCUGAAUCCUACAUCAAACGGAUCAAGGACUUCCUAAAAAUGAAGCUAAAAUAGGCAGAAAACAUUUGAAGAUGUUAAGGUUGGUGUCCUGCACACGACACUUGAGCCCAGCUCUGAUAUUUGUGGAGUUCUAUCCCUCUACAAAAGCCAUAGGAAUAAAAUCCAUAGAAAAUCUGCAAAGGAUUUAAAAUAAGCAUAAGAAAGUUAGCUCAAGAAAAACACAAAAUAAGGUUGUUCUCAAAACUAUGAGGAGAGACCCUCCAGUCUGGGAUAAUAGACCAAGCAUGGAAGCUAUCCAAAAAGUUUGGGCUAUUAAUAUUCCCAAGAAACCAACCGUUUUUAAAUAAGGGAGUAUUGUCAAAUAGACACUCUAGACCGAAUCAGAACUCAGAGGGCACUAAAUUUAUCCCAUUUUCACCGAUUAGCAGCAGGAGGAAUAUUUCUUCAAACUCUGGGCUGUUCAAGAAGAGAGUGUGCCUUAAGAGACCUCUGAAUAUAGAGAGUAAGAACUGAGGUAUCUCGAAUAAGCCAAGUCUACUUUCUCCUCCAAGUAGUUUGUUGGUGACAAGUUCUCGGUCAUUUAUUAAGUCACAGAGGGUUUCUGUAUUUAACAAGGUCAGAUCUCCAAAGUUCCUAGCUAUCUCAGAGAAAUUAGGAAGGCACUCUAUCCUGUUCAGGACCCGUAGGAGCACAAGGAAAAAUAAAGAGGAGAUAGAGGAUAUAAUUUAUGAAGAAAAUCAAAGAAAGUCUCUGUUAAGGGAGAGACCAAAGAAGAAAGAAAGAUGCGAGAAAGAUAGGUUGUUGUGACUGUAAAAACUUCUUGGGUGAAAUAAUAAUUCUGGA